AUGUUCACCAUGGGCAGCCCCUUUCCUUUUCUGCAACCGGUGACGGCUCCAAGUUUGCCGGCUCCACCCUUCACAGCACUGGAGGAAGAAGAUGUGGAGGAAGAGCUGGAAGACCUGCCUGCAGCGGAGAAGGAGCUGGAUCCUCUGCGUAAUGCGAGGAUCCGGCGUGAGGUAAACGGCAGAGCCUUCACGGGAUGCGUAGAGGACAUUGAGCAAGGUAAGGUCACUCAUGAAAGACUGUAUCGAAUAAAAUAUGAGGAUGGCGACCUGGAGCACCUGACAGCGGAGCAGGUGAGAGAAAUGACGCUCGAAGAUGACGAAGAGGAUGAGAUGCGAUCCGGGAGCAGCCGAUUCGGGGUCGAUGAUGACUACAGUGACUACGGCAACUGUGGCUCUCUUUCAGAUCCUGACCGAAGGCAGUUAGGGCUUCAUUAUGGCUACAAAGACUACGACUCCGAAAGUUUCUACGGCGGGCCGGAGCUCUCUGACGAGGAGUUGAGCAAGAUGGCCGUUAGUCAUGCAAGAGCUCUUCGACCCAAAAAUCCGACCGUUGCAGAGAUGCUUGACGAGCUCGCGUUUGCUCGCUGGAUCUUCCUACGCAGCAGCCGUCUGCCUCUGGAGGCGCAGCACUUCAUCCGCUCCUUCCUCCCAAGCCCAACCGCAGAGCUCGCUGGCCGACAGAUCCUUGGCCUCCACGACGGGCACGACUUUGUCUUCCGCUCCAUGGCGUCUUUGCCAGCCGGCAAGCUGAUGUGCCAAGUGGGUGGCGACCAAGUGUGGUCUUUGGCAGACCAUUGCAGGAGCCUCAACUGCCCCGUCUCUGAAGAAGCGCCGGUGGCCCUUGCCACCCGCGGUUGGUAUGAUGACUUCUGCCGGUGCGAGCCUCUUCGUCCUCUACCGGCGGAGUUCGCCGUGCUGGUUCCAGGCGAUGCGUCGCCUGCAGGCUCCUUCUUCGACCUGAUGGGGUCAGCCGAGGGCUGGUUCGACGACGUAGUCUACGAGGAAGAGAGCGAUCACGAAGACUGGCCGGCUCCCAGACAAGGUCAGAUUCCUCGAGACCCUGAGCGCCACGUUCGAGAGGGAGGAGCGAAACGGGCUUGCCCUGCGAGGCUGCCGCUGGAUGUGGACCUGCAAGACGAGUUAGAGCGUCAUUGUGACCACGAAGUAGAGCACGACAUCGAUGACGAGCCUUGGAGCCAAAGGAUCCGCCACCUUCUUCGCCAGGGCGCAAACCCGAUGCUUGACAUUACAGAAGUCGGGUCACAAAAGACGCUAUCUCCACUCGAGAAGGUCGGUAAAUCCAAAGCAUCACUGCAAACUCACCUGGACGACCUUCGCAGCGGCCGACUCUGCCGGCACCAGGUGCACUUCUGGUUGAGGUAUGCCGACAGCAUCGAAGGCGUCGAGGAGUACUUGGAGGACUUCAUGGCCCAACUGGCGUACCUUGAUGAAGUCCGCGGACUUCUCUCGGCUGCUGUCAAGGUCUGGGAAGGAGCUGCAACCGCGCCCUCCAUGUUUUGUUCCAGUGACUGCUUGUAUGGCCGUGGGGUCCUGCGUCCCAACAAUGCUUGCUUACUUCAAGCUGUGGAUGCCGCUCCAGACGCGGUUCUUUCAUCAGAUGAAGACUUGCUAGCUUUCGCGGAGAGGAUGUGGAGCUUGCAGCAGAGCUGGAAGGCAGCACCUGGGCAACUUUGCUGCCGCGAAGCAGAGGAGGAAGCCAUGCUGCACGAGAAUCACCGAGCCCAACAGCAGCGAGCCUCAGAACAAAAGCAGCGCGCCGAGGAGCAGCGCCAGCAGAGGCACCGCCGACCACUAUCGGACUUCCUGAGUGGGGCCAUGGAAACGCGCAGCGACGACUUCCUAGGUGGUCUGGCCCAGGCGUGCAGAGACCUCCUCCACCUCCGCUCGAAGGUGUCUCGUGUGGAGGCCUUCACCCAGGUGGAACGAGCAGAGCUGGUGGCCGCCUGCUCGCAGCAGCUGGAUCGGCUGACACGGUCUCGCGAGGGCAAGACUGCGGCGCGUUUGCAUCGCGUCCGGGAGGUAGCUGAGGCACGCGAACGCCUGCGGACGGCUGCCUGUGAGGCGGGCUGUCGCGCGAAGCUGCAGGACCAGGCAGGCGCCUUCGCAGUGGCAUGGAAGGCGAAACAAGACUCGCAGCUCCGAGCCUUGCAGGAGAGGGCGCGACGAUCCUGCCUGACCCUGGAGGCCAAAGGCCUGGACCAGGCGCGGCAGAGGCUCAGCGAAGCCAUGGCAGAGGCCCAGCGCCAGGAGCAAGCCGAUGCUUCUGGGACAUGGCAGGGGGCGAGGAUGCCCAGCGCAGUUCUGGAGGAGACCUCGCGGACGAAGGCACAGGACGACCUCCGCGGCGCCGUGGAAGAGGCCGAGGUCCUGUGCAAACUGGAGGCAGCCGCAGCGGAUCGCGCGGAAGACGGGGCGAGCGAGGCCGAGGAGGUCUUCACCACCAUACUUCAACGCGCUUUGAAGGAGCAGCGGACCAAGGAUCUGGACGAGUUGGAGACACCCUCGCAGGGCGCUCUUUGUUCACCUGGCGGCAUGUGGGCUUCGCUGGGACGAGACGGCAGUCGCUUGGAGAAUUGCUCCGAGGGCUAG